AUGCCCAAAAACUUCCUCAUCACAGGCGCAGCUCGCGGUAUCGGCCGCGGCCUCACCCGCCACCUCCUCGCCUCCAACAACCGCGUCUUCCUCAUCGACCACGACACAACUGAACUAGAACACACAGCCAGCGUAUUAUCAAAAUCCCAUUCCUCCCAAGUAUUUUCCACCUACGCAGCGGACCUCCGCUCCCCCAGCGCCAUUACCUCUGCCGUCAAAGAAGCGCGGUCCUUCUUUGGCGGCCAUCUCGACUGUCUGGUUAACAACGCCGCUUACACGGGAGGCGUGGGCGGUCUCUCCCUUCAGGACAUGACGCUGGAGGAGUGGAACAAGAGCAUUGAGACGAAUCUCACGGCGCCGAUGCUAAUGACGCAGGCGUGUCUGGAUAUGCUGAUUGCGGCGAGGGGAUGCGUGAUACAUGUCUCGUCGACGAGGGCUUUGAUGAGCGAGCCUGAUAAUGAGGCGUAUUCCACGACCAAGGCGGGUUUGCUGGGGCUGACGCAGAGCAUGGCGGUGUCGUUGGGUGGGAGAGGGGUGAGGGUGAAUGCUCUUGUGCCGGGGUGGAUUCAUGUUGGUGAUGAGUGUAGGGAGGCGGAUGAGAAAGGUGGGAGGUGGAAGGACGGGCUGAGCGAGGAGGAUAUGCGGUGGCAUUUGACGGGGAGAGUGGGCAGGGUGGAGGAUGUGGUGAGGGCGGUUGAGUAUUUGGUUGAUGCGGAUGGUGUGAGUGGCGUGGAAAUGGUUGUUGAUGGAGGCGUGAGUAGGAAGAUGGUGUAUCCGGAAUAG